AAUUGUUAACAGUCCUUCAAGUCUAUCGUCAUUAUUAUUCAAAAACUAUGCGUGUUGGACAGGGUAGACUUACAAACUUAGCGCCUAUAAAAAUAUUCCACAACAUCCUAAAAGACAGCAACUGCAAAAGAUGGCCUCUUCAAGGUUUCUGUCCUUCCUAUGCUGUCUCCUUUCCACACAAACUGUGCCUCUGAUCACUCUAGCCCAGCCUGCCAUGUUGUACCAUGACUGUUUACCAGGAAAGGGUAACUACUCAGCCAAUAGUUCCUACCAGGAAAACCUGAAUCAACUUCUCACUUCCAUCUAUACUAACACCGAAAUAGAUUCCGGGUUCUACAAUCUCUCUCAUGGACAAGACCCUGACAAAGUUUAUGCGAAUGGUCUUUGUAGGCCAGAUAUUACGCCUGAAUCAUGCCGUGCCUGCUUAAAAAGUGCUAGUGAAAACCUCACUACGCUCUGUCCAAACUCUACGGAGGCUAUUGGAGGUUCUGAUAACUGCAUGUUGCGGUACACGUAUCGCUCCAUAUUUGGGAUAAUGGAAGGACUACCUUACUUUUUUGUGUAUAGCUUGAAUAAUGUCUCAGAUUUAAUUGUGUUCAAGCAGUCUCGAAGGACCUUGUUAGAUAGGCUGAGAGAUCAAGCUGCAGCGGGCAAUUCUCGUUACAAGUAUGCAACGGGAGACACAGAUGUAUCCAACUCCUCUCAAAAAAUCUAUGCACUCGUGCAGUGUACUCCUGACUUGUCUAAGCAGCAGUGCAGCGACUGCUUGAGUCAGGCCACUGGGUUGCUUUCACAAUGUUGCGAUGAGAGGCAGGGAGGAAGAAUUAUUACACCCAGCUGUAAUUUUCGGUAUGAGAUAAACCUUUUCUACGACCCUGCUGCACUUGGGAAGCCUGAGAAGCUGCCAACAUUACCAGUACCUGCAGCCCAACCAUCUCCACCUCCAACCAGUACUGGAAGAACUGGAAAGGCAAGCAAUAUAGCUCCAACUCUCAUUAUCGGCUCUUUUCCCAUGUUGUUUUUUUUUUAUGCUUUAGCUCGCCAUCCCUCCAUGAUUUUCACUAUUUUCUUCUGAAUACCACCCUGAAAGUUAAGAGGAGGGGACGGCUGAACCUAUUUAUGUGAUUCCAUUUUUAAAAUUGAGGAAAUGUAAUUGUGCUCUCUUCCAUUUACUUUGAAACGAAGUUUAAAAUUAGAAG